AGAAUGCAGAUGGUAAAUAUAUUUCCCCAUUCCAUGACAUUCCCUUGUUUGCUGGACCUAAAGAGGAUAAAGAAAUUCCUGCAAAGAGGUCAAAGACUACUGGAUCUGAGGUCCUGUUUAAUAUGGUUGUAGAAAUGCCUCGUUGGACCAACGCAAAAAUGGAGAUUGCCACAGAGGAGCCAUUGAAUCCCAUUAAACAUGAUACAAAGAAAGGCAAGCUUCGAUAUGUGGCAAAUAUCUUUCCUCACAAGGGUUAUAUAUGGAAUUAUGGUGCCCUCCCACAGACCUGGGAAGAUCCAAACCAUACGGAUAACCUUACAGGAUGUUGUGGGGAUAAUGAUCCUAUUGAUGUUUGUGAAAUAGGUUCAAAGGUUCGUUCUUUUGGUGAGAUUGUUCAGGUGAAGGUCUUGGGUGUUUUAGGUCUUAUUGAUGAAGGAGAGACAGAUUGGAAGAUAAUUGCCAUCAGUGCAGAUGACCCAGAAGCUCAGAAAAUCCAUGAUAUCGAUGAUGUCAAGAAGCACAAACCGGGUUAUCUUGAGGCUACAAUUGACUGGUUCCAAUUAUAUAAAGUCCCUGAUGGUAAACCAGAAAAUCACUUUGCUUUUAAUGGAGAAUUUAAAAACAAGGAUUUUGCUGUUGAAAUUGUUAAAUCUACCCAUGAACACUGGAAAGCUUUGCUUCAUAAAAAAGUUGAUGGAGGUGCUAUAAAGUGCACAAAUAUUCUGGUGAGUGGCAGCCCAUUUUGUUGCAGUGAGGAGGAUGCCCGAUCGAUUGUGCAGUCAGCACCAGCAUUUAUGAAUGGAGAUCCUGUUUCACCAGAAGUUGAUUCCUGGUACUUUUUCCCCAAGUGAUCAUCAAGGUCUUCUGAACGUGCAUCAUCAAAUCUUAAAAAUCAUCCCUUUGUUUGAAGAUGGACAAAAGCACUGAUUGUUGAUUCCUGCUGAAACAACUUUUCAACUUGUGUAAACCUUCUCUAAUGUAAAUAAACUCUGCCAUUAUUAAAUGAA